AUGCGAUCAAAGGCCAUAAACGCCAAGAAAUCUGCCUCUGCUAAUGCGCAGUCGAAGUCCCCAACGAUCGAACGACAGGUCAACGUCGCGCCGGCGGAAUUGUCCGCCACACUGUCCAAAGCCAAUACUCAACAGUCCUUGUCGACACGGAACGGCAUUGGGGCACACCCAGUGCCCGAACUAAUCACAAAGAAUGACAGAAUACGGCGAGUUUUAGAAAGGGUAAACUGGACAAAAUUGCGCGGAGACACUGCCCAAGAGGUGGCUACAUUUCGGGAACUUGAAGAUGCAGAGAAUAAAUUCCAAGAAUUUGAGUCAUUCAUCAGGGCUGAGGGCAACGGGUUCCAAGCCUUUUCCUUCUAUACGAUUCACGAAUUUUCGCACGGAAGAAGAUGUGCGGUGCGGAAGUACCAUGCAGCCCUGUCCAAGAGAAAGGUUAAACACCAGUACCACCCGCCUCUACGUCUCUGCUAUGAGAUUCAAAGACUGAAUUACCACGCAGCGAACGCUGGUACCUAUGCCGAGGGAGAUCCCGGCACAACGCUUUGCGGGAAGACUGCUGUGAUCGAGGAUGGCGAUACCAGGCGGCUUGUUACCAUCGGCGGAGUCAUUCAAGUUGGCAACAAGCUAUACGCCAUGACGGCCGGACACUCUGCAACAGCCGCCGACGAGAUCGGAAGCACAUCAGAAACCGAGUCAUCUAGCCCUUCUAGUAAUGAUAUCGAGUACGAUGAUGAUUUAGAAUCAGCACUGAUAUGCGGUGGACCGAGUACAAAUUCAGACGCUGAGUGGCAACCUCAUCGAGGCGGUCAAAAUGAUCAACACCAGAGUACAGCGGAAUCUGCUGCGUUGACUUUUCAUGGAUCCAGUAUGUCUGGAGACGACUGGUCGCUUCACCUGAUCGACGAUCCUCUGCUGGCGCUGCCUAAUGCAUUGCCAGGAACGGACAACUUCACAACAAGAUACAUGACUUAUCCCGCCAGCCAGCCCUUUCCUGGUCUUUUUUGGCUUAUCGCCGGUGUCAGUGGUCCUUAG